AUUUCUCAUUAGCGUUUCAAUGAACAUCAGUUUCUUACGAAAUUUCAUUCAAAAAUCAUCAAAUUUCUAUCAAAUUAGACGAAAUUUUCAAAUUUUAAUCAACGAAAAAAUGAGUCCAAGACGUAUUUUGUCAACACCAUUAGCACCAAUACCGAUUGGCCCAUAUUCCCAGGCAGUACAAGUUGGUAAUCAAAUUUAUCUAUCCGGACAAUUAGGUAUGAAUGUACGAACAGGUGAAUUAUUAACCGAAUCAAUUCAAGCUGAAGCACGACAAACAUUUAAUAAUAUGAAAGCUGUUGUUGAAUCGGGUGGUGCACGAAUGUCGGAUAUUGUAAAAUUAACAAUUUUUAUACGGGAUUUUAAUGAUUUCCCUAUCAUAAAUGAUGUUAUGAAAGAAUUUUUUCAAUCACCAUUUCCAGCACGUUCAACAAUCGGUGUUGCAUCAUUACCGAAAAAUGCACGUAUCGAAUUGGAAUGUAUUGCCGUAAUUGAAUAAAAUGCAAAAAAAAACAAAAACAAAUCGGUCACCUUUAACCAAAUCCGUAGAUU